AUGAAGCUGAACAUCUCUUUCCCGGCCACUGGCUGCCAGAAGCUCAUUGAAGUGGACGAUGAACGAAAACUUCGUACCUUCUACGAGAAGCGUAUGGCCACAGAAGUUGCUGCUGACGCUCUGGGUGAAGAAUGGAAGGGUUAUGUGGUCCGAAUCAGUGGCGGGAACGAUAAGCAAGGUUUCCCCAUGAAGCAGGGUGUCUUGACCCAUGGCCGAGUUCGCCUGCUACUGAGUAAGGGGCAUUCCUGUUACAGACCAAGGAGGACUGGAGAGAGAAAGCGCAAAUCUGUACGGGGUUGCAUUGUGGAUGCCAAUCUGAGUGUUCUCAACUUGGUCAUCGUGAAAAAAGGGGAGAAGGAUAUUCCUGGACUCACUGAUACUACAGUGCCUCGUCGCCUGGAAUAUGCUAAACUUUUGGCCAAGAGAAUGAAGGAGGCCAAAGAAAAACGGCAGGAACAGAUUGCCAAGAGACGGAGGCUGUCCUCUCUGAGAGCUUCUACUUCUAAGUCUGAGUCCAGUCAAAAAUGA